AUGGCUCCACAAGCCUGUAAAGAUGUUCUUGGUAUGUUUAUACAUUUGAAUCAACAAGUUGCCAAAGCAGUUCAGCUGUUAUACCUUGGGAACGAUGAAGCAUUUUCUGAGUCGCUGCUCGAACAAGUCCGGAACUGCUCCUUAAAGAUCGAACGUGUACUCGUGGCGUCAAAUGCCCCCACUAAUUCUUCUUCUAUGGUUCUGAUGACACCAGGGAUGAGUGUCUAUCAACCGGAUGGCAGUUUAAACGAUGGCCAAGAUAGAGCAGCGUGCACGCAUAUCAUCCUCCUAGCAAAAGACGAAGAUUCUAUGAAGCCUCUGGCUUACCCAACCAGAUUUCCGUGGAAAAAUCUGUGCGAAAAAUGUCCAGUCAUCUUGCAUCUCCUUGAUCACAGUCUCUUACCCCGUGAAGAUGUUGAACAGCGUCUCAAUACCAACUUCCGGAAAGCUUCCUACCACUAUGUCGGUGUUUACUUUACAAGAUUCAUGCGUUACAGGUUCGCCCAAAAGCUGGACGGAUACGACAGAGUCAAGGAUCUAAAUGACUGGGAGGCAUUCAGAGCAGUUAGACGCAUAGGAUUCAGACUGAAAGGCGCCAAGAAUUGUGAGAAGGUGGUGGAAGAUACGGAAAAGGCAGAGAUGAUCAACAUGAGAAAAUUCUUAGGAAUGAAAGAAAGCUCGAUUAGGGAUAUCUGCAACAAUGGAACCGAUACUGACAUCACCAGCCUUUCCGGAUUAGAGGUGCAGAUGCCGCAUAAGUUGUUUGAAGGCGACUAUGAGUUCGUUUCGUUCGGUGCCUCCUCCCUCAAUAAGAAAAGAAAAUUUGACUAA